CUUUUAUUAUUGACCCUUUGUUUGAUAAUUUCAGAUUCUAGUGAUUUUAUAUGUUAUUUUUGUAUGAAUGUUUAAUGAACCAAUCUGCUACUGUUACUUGCUUUAGGUUCUUGGAUUCAGAAAUCAGUAUAAAGAUUUGAUUUUUGAUUUUGUGGAGAAACAGGGCUAAACCCCAUUUCAAUUCUUGGGAUUUACCUUCUUUUUUUCACUUAAAAAGAGGAUCUUUAUGGGAUUUUAGAAGGUUGUAGUAUUAGUUUGGCACAAUUUUUGUACUUUAGAGGUAGCUUUAGUCUGGCCAGAAUUGUCUUUUUAUUUUAUGUCUGCUUACACUUUACCCUUUUCGAACCUUACUCAUGUGAUUACACCGGAUAUGUUAAUGUUGUUGUUACGUCUUAUUUGAUUAUAUAUAUAUUUAGUUUUUUUUUUAAAAAAAAAUAAAUUAUGCUGCUAGAAUCUGCGGGUAGUUUCUUAUCCUUCGAUUUCUGUUACUAUUUAAUGUCACUUGUAGUUUGACUAUCAAACUAUUUUAUUGUAGUUGUUGUUCCUUUUUUAUUUCAUGUUUUGCUUUGUCAUGCUUUGUAUAUACUAUCUGCUUUGAUAUGUCUUUUCUUGAGCAGAGGUCUAUACGAAAAAACCUCUCUAUCUCCCAACGUUGGGGUAAGGUUUACAUACUAUACCUUUCCCAGAAUCCACUUGUGGGAUUACACUGGGUAUGUUGUUGUUGUUGAAUGCCAGUGGAAUAUAUAUAGAAGGCGUAAUACAUAAAUGAAUACUCAAACUUGGCUUCGAUUGACAAAUCUUCUUGUUUGAGUCUUGGGGCAUAUUGGAGGUAUGAGAUGGACUUUCUAGGCUGCUUAAGGGACUGAAAUAGAUAUGCAAGUGUCUCUUCUUUUAGCAACAUGAUGAAGAUUAGGAAAUUGUUGCGUAAAAUAAUUGCUAUUCUGAUGUUCAGAAUUGACUGGAAGAAGCUGGUUUUCAUUGGUGCUAUUCUGACAGUAUUUAGGAUAAUGUUUCAAAUUUCUACACUUCCUUAUCCUCUUACAGAAUGGAUCCUCUUCCCACCAUCGGAGAUUUCAUCUUCCCGCUAUUUGAAUCAUGAAAAGAACUUGAGGGAACUUCCAGCGAGUCAAGAUAUGCGGUUUAACCUUAGUCAGCAUGCCCCCCUAGUUGUUUCACUCAACUCUACAGAUAGACUGAACGAAACACAGCAGGUCCUGGAAAGACGACAGCAAGUUUCGAGACAGCAGAAAAGUAGGAAGCAUGUGGAUGCAGUAGAUAAAGUUAUUUUCCCUUCUUCACCUGUUAGAAACAAGUCCAACAAUAUGCUGAGAUACAUAACAUCUUUGACUCCAGAUGAGGCACUUGCAUAUGCCAAACGAGAGAUUGAGAAUGCCCCACUAGUUACGGAUGAUCAGGACUUGUAUACUCCUCUAUUCAAGAACGUAUCCACUUUUAAGAGGAGCUAUGAGUUGAUGGAGCUUAUACUCAAAGUUUACAUUUACAAAGAAGGGAAAAGGCCGAUUUUUCAUCAACCUUAUCUUAGAGGAAUUUAUUCAUCCGAGGGAUGGUUCAUGAAGCUGAUGGAGGAUAGUCGCAAGUUUGUGACAAGGGAUCCACAAAAGGCUCACCUGUUCUAUCUGCCAUAUAGCGCGCGUCAGCUACAAAAGGCACGAUAUGUGGUAAACUCACAUGAUCUUAAGCCGUUAUCAGUGUUCCUGCAGAACUACGUGAACAUGCUAGCUUCAAAGUAUCCUUUCUGGAACCGCACACGUGGGUCAGAUCACUUUCUUGUUGCUUGCCAUGAUUGGGGACCUUAUACUCUAAAAGAUCAUGAGGAGCUGAGUAGAAACACUAUAAAAGCUCUCUGCAAUGCAGAUAUAUCUGAAGGAAUAUUUGUUUCUGGGAAGGACGUUUCCCUUCCUGAGACCACUAUAAGGAAUCCCAGGAGGCCUCUUAGAAACCUCGGUGGAAAAAGAGUUUCACAGCGCCCGAUUCUUGCCUUUUUUGCUGGAAAUAUGCAUGGUCCAGUACGUCCCAAACUUCUCAAAUAUUGGAGGGACAAAGACGAAUCCAUAAGAAUUUACGGGCCUCUACCCCAUAGAGUCUCAAAAGUUAUGUCUUAUCCUGAACACAUGAAAUCAAGCAAGUACUGCCUUUGCCCGAUGGGUUAUGAAGUGAACAGCCCGAGGAUUGUCGAGGCAAUAUAUUAUGAGUGUGUUCCGGUUAUCAUUGCUGAUAAUUUCGCCCUUCCAUUUAGCGAAGUUUUAAACUGGACUGCUUUUUCUGUGGUUGUUUCUGAGAAAGAUAUUCCUAGGCUAAAGGAGAUUUUAUUAAGUAUACCUCUGCGACGUUACCAGGCCAUGCAAAAUAAUGUCAAGAUGUUGCAGAAGCAUUUUAUUUGGAACUCAACGCCGACUAGAUAUGAUCUGUUCCAUAUGAUUUUGCAUUCGAUUUGGUUUAGCAGACUAAACCAGAUUCAAGUAUCACAGAUAUCAUAGUUUCUUGAGUUGUGGUUGUCAAGUAUUGCAGAUAAUCAUAGUUCCUCGAGUUCUAGUUGUUCCAACUUGACUGUCUUCAUGACCUCGAGAGUUUAUCCGUUUGGAUUUGAUAUACAAAAACCUUUCAAGAGCUACAGCCGGUUUUGUUCUCUUAACUUGUGCACUUAUAUGCUUCUGCCUCUUGGCUAGAAAAAGAAGACUAGCUGGCUGUAGAAGGCUGCCAUUUUAUAAAGGAAUUUAGUCAGAUUAUUACCUGUGUUCCAUGGAUGAAUUAAGCAAUUUCUGAUGGCAGAAACUGCUUUGUACUUUGACAAAACCGUACGUUGCUUGCAGAAGACAAACUCAGAUAAUGCAGUUUGUAUUCCAAGUCAAAUACCUGGCAGGUUUUCUUUUGAUUAUAGUUGUGGGAUUCCACUGAAUAUGUUGUUCUUGUUGUAUAGUUGAAGGGCAAAAGGAAGGGUGGUUAAAACUUUUGUCCAAACAUCAUGGCUAGCAUUUCACAGAUUUCCGAUAUAUUGAACUCCUACUUGAAAUGAUUUCAUGUUUGAGGAACAACACAAGAAAAGGAGGCCAGUCCAUUGAUAUUCAAGCCAAGGUACAAUCACAAUGAUAUCAGUGGAAAUGAACUGCAAGGAAGAAGUGAAACUAAGGUAUGUUGAUGUUGACAUGGCCGCGUGUAUCUCUCUGAAUUUUUUGUAAGUAACAGGAUUCUUUUGUGAAAGAAAGAAGAACUGAGGGAAAAGAUAAGUAGAGAAGAAGAAGAAAGAUCAAGAUAUACUCGAUGAUAUUCCUCCUUUACAAAUAAACAAGAUGAUCACACAACACAAUUGAAACAAGAAAUUACCCCAUGUACAAUCAAGCAAUCAAAAUCCAAGCAUCAGAAAACGCAACCAGUUCAAACAAGGAACAGUGGCAUCACAGCAAACUCGACUGAUCAACUUUAGCUCGAAAUUCUGUCUUUCUGGUGCAAGAAGUUCCUUCCUCUGCCUUUUUAGUUCCCUGAAUGAAAAAGCAACACAAAGUGAAGCUCUUGUUAACAUUUGAAUGGUACAUUUAUGCUUAGUGUCAUUGACAUAUAUGACAAAUCUGAAAGUUAAUUGGUAUAUCACCUGUCAUCAGUUUUACUUCUUUAGGAAACAAUGCUCUAAAUUUGACUUGAAGUUGUUGUUAUCCCAUUUCAGUAGGUUCCACCAUUCUGAUGUUCCUUUCAUUAGCCUGAUCUUAUUGGAGGUUUGAAUAGAGAAAGGCAACUCCUUUAUUUCAUAGCAAUUGAUGAGCUUAAGUUCCUCUAUGUGUUCCCAUGGCUCCCUCAAUGUUCUUAAUCUUGAGCUGCAUUGCAGCAGCCGAUGACAAAAUGCAACUGAUACUUCCUUCUUCUGCUGCUGCUGGUGUGAAAUCACAAGAACAACUCUCUAUGUGUACUCUACCACAUCAUGCAUCUUCACAUAAUAAUAAUCCACACUGUGAUCAGCUUCUUGUAGCAAGCAGGCAUCUUUUAGACUAUCAAUCAUUGUGAUUCAUUCCCCUGUUGUAAGCUUCUUCAUAUGUGUCAUGUACACCAAGGGAACCCCUCUGCCCACCAACACUUUAUGAGAUCAUAUGUUGAAAUAGCCAUGGGAUGUAAGGAGCAAUACAAGAAACAGCUUGGAAUGUCACCUCUCUUAUUCUUGACAUGUUUGCUUCUUUGAUUCAGAGUAUAAUUCAUUAUCCGGAGAUUCUAAAGAAUCAAAACUCAGCUUGAUGACCUUGUAAACCUUAUCUGUAACAUCUUUGCUAUGAGGUUCAGAUGAUUUCAAAGCAUCUUUGAUUAUGAUAACUAUUCUCAAUACUUCAAAACAAUUAGGGUUGUUUGGAAGUCAACCCGGUAACUCGAUUUGGUG